AUGCCAAAUCUCCAAGGCCGGAUUGCCAUUGUCACAGGUUCUAGUACUGGUAUAGGCUACGCUACGGCUUUGGAACUCGCUCGUCAUGGCGCAAAAGUCUAUCUGGCAUGUAGGGCUGACAAGGACACCACGGACGCGAUCAAAAAGAUCAAUGUCAUUGUGCCAGGUUCAAACCCUCAAUUUCUACAUUUGGACAUCACCUCACUCAAAUCUGCCCAUUCGGCAGCUCAUGAGUUCCUCGGGAAGGAAGACAGGCUCGAUAUCCUGGUGAACAACGCUGGAAUAGUCUGA